UACCCAAGCUGCGAUCCGUCCCGCAGCGACGCUCGCUUGACCCUGAAGCUCUCCCGACGAAUUUCACCUGCGACGCCUGCCUCCCACCCCGCCAACGCAUGGUCCAUCGAAACGCCCGACACCGCUCCUCGUCGCUCCGGAACGCGCUCUAUUCUGGGCAAGUCGCGUCCUUUGUACGUCGCGACCCUGGACACGCGGGAGCCAAGCGCCCUCUUGAGCUCGCCGCGGGAACCAGGGCACUGGAUCAGGCACGAUGAGUCGUACGCUGCCGGCGCGGCAGGCUGAAGAGCUGAACAAGUCCAUCAUAGCCUACCUGUACUCUAGCAACCUGCCAAACUCCGCCGCGACCCUGCGCGAGGAAGCCGGUCUGGGCGAGGAAGUCUUCGAUGCCACGACGGCAAAGAAGUACGAGACGCUGCUAGAGAAGAAAUGGACGAGCAUAGUGCGCUUGCAAAAAAAGAUUAUGGACCUCGAGUCUCGGAACGCCUCGCUGCAGUCCGAACUCGACAAUGCGACGCCUACAUCCCUCUCCAAGCGAAAUCAAGACCCGACAUCCUGGCUGCCGCGGCUGCCCUCACGACACACGCUAGAAUCGCAUCGAGAAACCAUAAAUUGCGUCGCCUUUCACCCACGUUUCUCUUCCAUCGCCUCCGGCUCCGAUGACUGCACAAUCAAGAUCUGGGAUUGGGAGCUAGGGGAACUGGAGCAGACUAUCAAGGGCCACACGCGGGCUGUGCUGGGCCUCGACUUUGGCGGGCCACGUGGUGCGCCGCUGCUGGCCUCGUGCAGCUCUGAUCUGUCCAUUAAGCUCUGGGACCCGACGGACCAGUAUAAGAAUAUUCGCACGCUUUCAGGCCAUGACCACAGCGUCAGCGCCGUGCGAUUCAUCCCGUCAGGUACGGGCGGGUCGCAAUCGGGCAACCUCUUGGUCAGCGCCAGCGGCGACAAGACGCUGCGGAUCUGGGAUACGACAACUGGCUACUGCCUCAAGGCCCUCAAGGGGCACACGGGGUGGGUACGCGACGUUUGCCCGUCGCUGGAUGGGCGCUGGCUCCUAUCCACAGCCGUGGACCACACGGCGCGGUUGUGGGACAUUUCGGUACCGACACCAGAAAACAAGGUGGUUAUGAUCGGCCACGAACACGUAGUUCGGUGCUGCACGUUUGCGCCGCCCGCCGCCUACCCACACUUGGCACAGUUAGCAGGGUUGAAGAAGCCUCCGCCCGCGUCCAGCACGGCCGAGUUCAUGGCCACGGGGUCUAGGGACAAGACGAUCCGGUUGUGGGACUCACGCGGAACGUGCAUCAAGACGCUCGUGGGGCAUGACAACUGGAUAACAUCCAUCAUCUUUCAUCCCGGUGGCAAGUACAUACUGUCGUCGGCCGACGACAAGACAAUACGAUGCUGGGAUCUGACGCAGGACGCAAAGUGUGUCAAGGUACUGAGCGAAGCGCACGCGCACUUUGUGACGUGCAUGAGGUGGGCGCCGGGCGUCCCCAAGGAGGUCAACGGCGGAGGGGCGCAAGAACAAGGUGCCGAGGGCGAUGAGGCGGCCAAGAAGAGGGCGAGCGCAGAGGUGACACCGGAGACGAUACGAUGCGUCAUCGCAACGGGCAGUGUCGACAAGACGCUAAAGAUUUUUGCAAACUAGGACAGGACCCAGAGAGACGCGACAUUCUCGAAAGGAGACUGGAGGGACGAGUUUUCUGCGAUUAUGAUACUCAAGAGGACAACGGUUGAACGGCAAAAGCGCAGGGGCAGCCGAGCAAUGGCUUCGUAUUUGUACCGCUGGGUGACGGUUGGGGCUGCUUAGCACAGCGAAUAAGACAAGACGGCUAAUUCCUGCUCUGAGGACGGAUGGGAGCUCCAUCCCGAGGCCGAUAGGAACCUCGCUGUGGGCGUCAAUGCAGACACACGAUCGUUCCUCCUGGCGGUUGAGGGUUAUUGGCUCGUGCAUGGCUGCCAACUAAUCGAAGUGACCCCUGAGGGACCCCAAGACGGU